GUUUUGCACAAAGUGACGUGGUCGUUCGCAGCGAAACCCGCUCCACCUCACUCUCAGCCUCCAGCAAACUUUCACGAAAUCGGUCUGAAAUUUCACUCUCGCAAAAAUAACUUCUAUCAGUCCUCAUUUCUCGCACCAACUUGCAUCUAUAAUGGGAAUCUUCGAGUGAAAUUCCAAACUAGUAUC